AGCUCUGCGCUCGCGUCACGCGACGUGCAACCGUGCUGCAGCAAACGCAACGGACUAAGUUCGAAUUGAUGCCCCCUGCAGCCCGGGCACGAUGUCUGCCCCAUUGACGGACCAGGAGAGGGAAACCUACACCCAUAUCAUCGAUAGCAUUCUUGCCUCAGCUGACCUCCAGACGGUAACACGCAAAAAGAUCCGGCAGGGCUUGGAGGAGGCCAUCGACAAGGAUCUUAGCGAGCAAAAGACUGCGAUCAAAAGCCUGAUUGAGGCCCGUUUCGAUGCGAUAUCCGCCGAGGCUGCCCAAGGGAUACCCACCCCAACUUCUGGCGCAGGCGUCGAGCCGUCCCCUAAGCACGUAGUCAACGGGCGCUCGCCAUCCAACGACGCAGAUGACACCGGCGCCGAUGGCGAGAUAGAGGUAUCGCUUCCCCCGGCCAAAAAGAAGCAGAAGCGUGAGAGCUCGAGCGAAGACGCCGAUGCCCGUUUGGCUGCCGAGCUCCAGGCGCAGGAGAAUAGACUCUCCCGCGGUCGAGUCACUCGCGGCGCCGGUUCCACCAAGGCCAAAGCCAAGCCCAAGGCUAAGAAGAAGAGCGCCAAGCGGGUACGCUCCGAUGACGAAAGCGAAGCUGGCGAUUCCGAGACCGGCAGCAAACCCAAGCGGAAGUCCGGGGGCGGCUUCCAGAAGCCCUUCAAUCUCAGUCUUCCACUGGCGGAGCUUUGCGGGGAGGAACGGCUGUCUCGCCCCCAAGUCGUCAAGAAGCUCUGGGAUUAUAUCAAGGCCAACGAGCUUCAAGACCCUAACGACAAACGCCAAAUCAUGUGCGACGAAAAGUUACAAGCCGUAUUCAAGCAGGACAAGAUCAACAUGUUCUCCAUGAACAAGGCUUUAGGAAACCAGCUCUACCCUAUCGAAGACUAACUUUCUUGGCAUGGCUGGGCGUUGCAGGCUAAGGUAGGCGUGCAUGGCGUCUUGGGAUGUCCUACUUGGCCGACGUGUUUUGCGGAUUCUUCUUCUCUCCUUUUCAGUUUGCUGACAUGGCGGGCGUCGCGUUAUUUAGUUGAAUUUCUC